UCUCUCACUCUCCUUUCCUCACUUUUCCUCUCUCUGACCGAAUCUCUCCCACUCCUCUCUACUCCUCUCAACCCUAGCUCGCCUCUACCCUCUCUGCUCAUCGGGCGGCGCAGGGGAAGGAAGGCGGCGUCCGGCUGCGCGGAGCCCGGCGAGGGAGGAGGCGGCGUCAGGGGGGACCGGCGCGGGAGGGCGGCGUUCGGCGUUCGGCGCGGGGGGCGGCGGCGUCCGGCCGACUGCGGCGGCGGCUAGAUCCGGCGAAAGAGGCUGCAUCAGCGCCGAUUCCCCGACUCCCCAACCCUCAAACGGUAGCGAGGUAUACUCGGUUGUUUUCCCCUCAGGUCUCAGGCUGAUCAGACGCCGCACUGCCGAUUUCCCCCUCGGGCGAGCCAUCGGAGCGGGGGCCGUUGGCUCCCAAAGCAGACGCGAGAAUUCACUGAAAUUACCGCGCCAUCUUAUCUCCGCAAGUUGAAGAAUAUAAUUCGGGCGCAGUAAUUUUUAGUGAAUUCAUGUGUCUACUACUACAUAUGUCUGCUUGGGAGCCAACCGCGUUUCGAUGGCUCGCCUGAGGGGAAAUCGGCGGGAGGCGUUUGGUCAGCUUUGCUGGUAGUGGGGGGAAUUUCACCUAAUGAUUGAAUGAUGGGAUAUGCUGGGUAAAGGAAGGUGGAUGCUGGGAGGCCACAUAGGAGGCCUGUGUGAUCCAAGUGUGCUGCUCCUGAGUUGAAAUUGCAUAGCCAUAUAGCAACUACUGGUGUAAACUUGAGAGAUGAAGUAGUGAAAGGAAAUAUGCAGGAUUUUGGACAAUGGCUGCCUCAAUCUCAGACCACUGCCGAUCUAUAUUUCUCCAGUAUUCCAAUACCAUCACAGUUCGAUACUUCCAUAGAGACGCAGACUAGAACUUCUGCAGUUGUAUCGUCAGAGAAAGAAUCUGCUAAUUCGUUCGUCCCUCAUAAUGGUACUGGGCUUGUUGAACGCAUUAGCAAUGAUGCUGGGCUAACUGAAGUAGUUGGAAGUAGUGCUGGACCAACUGAAUGUAUUGACUUGAACAAGACACCAGCACGGAAACCCAAGAAGAAAAAGCACAGGCCAAAGGUGCUAAAGGACGAUAAACCAUCGAAGACACCUAAAUCUGCUACUCCAAUACCUUCAACAGAAAAGGUAGAAAAACCAUCUGGAAAGAGAAAAUAUGUCCGCAAGAAGACAUCUCCAGGCCAACCUCCUGCAGAACAGGCAGCUAGCUCACACUGCAGAUCUGAGCUGAAGUCAGUUAAACGAAGUUUGGACUUUGGUGGAGAAGUACUGCAAGAGAGUACACAAUCUGGAUCUCAAGUUCCGGUGGCAGAAAUAUGUACUGGUCCCAAGCGUCAAUCAAUACCUUCUACCAUCCAAAGAGAUUCGCAAAGCCAGUUGGCUUGCCACGUGGUUUCUAGCACCAGCUCAAUUCACACUUCAGCUAGUCAGAUGGUUAAUGCACAUUUGUUUCCUCCUGAUAACAUGCCAAAUGGAGUAUUGCUUGACCUCAAUAAUUCUACUAGUCAGUUACAAAACGAACAUGCUAAAUUUGUGGACAGUCCGGCACGUCUUUUUGGUUCCAGAAUAAGACAGACAUCAGGUAAAAAUUCUUUGCUAGAAAUCUAUGCUGGCAUGUCAGAUAGAAAUGUACCUGAUCUCAACAGUUCAAUCAGUCAGACGCAUAGCAUGUCUACUGAUUUUGCUCAAUACUUGCUUUCAUCCUCACAAGCUUCUGUAAGGGAAACACAAAUGGCCAAUCAGAUGCUUAAUGGUCAUAGGAUGCCAGAAAAUCCAAUUACACCUAGUCAUUGUAUUGAAAGGGCUGCAUUGAAGGAACAUUUGAAUCAUGUUCCUCACGCAAAAGCCGCAGUGAUGAAUGGCCAAAUGCCCCAUAGUUACAGGUUGGCGCAAAAUCCCAUCCUACCUCCAAAUCAUAUUGAAGGGUAUCAAGUGAUGGAAAAUUUGAGUGAACUUGUCACGACAAAUGACUAUCUAACUGCUAGUCCUUUCAGUCAAACUGGAGCUGCAAAUAGGCAGCAUAAUAUUGGUGACUCCAUGCAUAUACAUGCAUUGGAUCCUAGAAGAGAGAGUAAUGCUUCAAGUGGUUCUUGGAUAUCAUUAGGUGUGAACUUUAACCAACAAAAUAAUGGAUGGGCAUCUGCAGGUGCUGCCGAUGCUGCGAGCUCACAUGCCCCAUAUUUUUCAGAACCUCACAAAAGAAUGAGGACAGCUUAUCUUAACAAUUAUCCAAAUGGAGUCGUGGGACAUUUUUCUACCUCAUCUACGGAUUUGUCAAAUAAUGAGAAUGAAAAUGUGGCCUCAGCAAUCAACUCAAACGUUUUUACCCUUGCUGAUGCACAAAGAUUGAUAGCCCGUGAGAAAUCACGAGCUUCCCAAAGAAUGAUCAGUUUUAGAUCAUCUAAAAAUGAUAUGGUUAACAGAUCAGAAAUGGUCCAUCAACAUGGCAGACCUGCUCCGCAUGGCUCUGCAUGCAGGGAGUCUAUUGAAGUACCUGACAAACAGUUCGGGCUCAUGACAGAAGAACUCACACAAUUACCUAGUAUGCCAAAUAACCCACAAAGGGAAAAAUAUAUUCCGCAAACUGGAAGUUGCCAACUUCAGUCUUUGGAACAUGACAUGGUUAAAGGGCAUAACUUGGCAGGUGAAUUGCAUAAGCAAGUAACUUCACCUCAAGUUGUUAUUCAGAGCAAUUUCUGUGUUACCCCUCCUGAUGUGCUCGGCAGAAGAACCAGUGGGGAGCAUUUAAGAACCCUUAUAGCUCCAACACAUGCAUCGACAUGUAAGGACACUCUGAAAGCUUUAAGUUGUCAACUGGAGAGUUCUAGAGACAUUAUUAGGCCUCCUGUCAAUCCUAUAGGGCCAUCCUCUGCCGAUGUUCCAAGAACUGAUAACCAUCAAGUCAAGGUUUCUGAAGAAACCGUUACAGCCAAACUCCCUGAGAAGCGAAAAGUAGGACGUCCCAGAAAAGAGUUAAAACCUGGUGAGAAACCAAAACCUAGAGGCCGUCCAAGGAAGGGAAAAGUUGUUGGUGGAGAACUUGCAUCAAAGGAUAGUCACACUAAUCCAUUGCAAAAUGAGAGUACUUCAUGUUCUUAUGGUCCUUAUGCAGGGGAGGCUUCUGUUGGAAGAGCAGUUAAAGCAAAUAGAGUUGGAGAAAACAUUUCUGGAGCUAUGGUAUCCCUACUGGAUUCUUUAGAUAUUGUUAUUCAAAAGAUAAAGGUCUUGGACAUAAACAAAUCAGAAGACCCUGUGACAGCUGAACCUCAUGGUGCUCUUGUCCCUUACAAUGGAGAAUUUGGUCCUAUUGUUCCUUUUGAGGGGAAAGUGAAAAGAAAACGCUCUCGAGCCAAAGUGGAUCUUGACCCUGUAACUGCUUUAAUGUGGAAGUUACUAAUGGGACCAGAUAUGAGUGAUUGUGCUGAAGGUAUGGAUAAGGAUAAAGAGAAAUGGCUAAAUGAAGAAAGAAAAAUAUUCCAAGGGCGUGUUGAUUCAUUUAUUGCUCGAAUGCAUCUAGUUCAAGGAGAUCGGCGUUUUUCUCCUUGGAAAGGAUCAGUUGUAGAUUCUGUAGUGGGAGUAUUUCUUACACAGAAUGUUUCGGACCAUCUUUCCAGCUCUGCAUUUAUGGCUCUUGCUGCAAAAUUUCCUGUAAAGCCAGAAGCCUCUGAAAAACCCGCAAAUGUGAUGUUUCAUACAAUUUCAGAAAAUGGUGAUUGUUCUGGGUUGUUUGGUAAUUCUGUCAAGCUACAGGGUGAGAUCCUUGUUCAGGAGGCCAGCAACACAGCAGCCUCUUUUAUCACAACCGAGGAUAAGGAAGGAAGUAACAGUGUGGAAUUGCUUGGAAGUUCUUUUGGGGAUGGAGUGGAUGGUGCAGCAGGAGUUUAUUCUAAUAUUUAUGAGAAUCUGCCAGCUAGACUGCAUGCUACUAGGCGUCCAGUCGUUCAAACUGGAAACGCUGUCGAAGCGGAAGAUGGGUCACUGGAGGGUGUUGUUUCAUCAGAAAACUCCACUAUUUCAUCUCAAAAUUCAUCAGAUUAUCUAUUUCACAUGUCUGAUCAUAUGUUUUCGAGCAUGUUACUAAAUUUCACUGCCGAAGACAUUGGCAGCAGAAAUAUGCCCAAAGCAACAAGAACCACAUAUACAGAACUUCUACGAAUGCAGGAGCUGAAGAACAAGUCUAAUGAAACCAUUGAAUCAUCAGAGUAUCAUGGGGUUCCAGUCUCAUGUAGUAACAACAUUCAAGUGCUCAAUGGAAUACAAAAUAUCGGCAGUAAACAUCAGCCUUUACAUUCCUCUAUUUCAUAUCACCAGACUGGCCAAGUUCACCUCCCAGACAUAGUACAUGCGAGUGAUUUGGAGCAAUCAGUAUACACUGGCCUUAAUAGAGUGCUUGAUUCUAAUGUUACACAAACCAGUUAUUAUCCUUCACCUCAUCCUGGAAUUGCCUGUAACAAUGAAACACAAAAGGCUGACUCUUUAAGCAACAUGUUAUAUGGUAUAGAUAGAUCAGAUAAGACUACUUCCCUGUCUGAGCCUACACCAAGAAUCGAUAACUGUUUUCAACCAUUAAGUUCAGAGAAAAUGUCAUUUGCUAGGGAACAGUCCUCUUCUGAAAAUUAUCUUUCAAGGAAUGAAGCUGAAGCUGCAUUUGUUAAACAGCAUGGAACAUCAAAUGUGCAAGGUGAUAAUACUGUCAGGACAGAGCAAAAUGGAGGUGAAAAUUCUCAAUCAGGAUACAGCCAACAGGAUGAUAAUGUUGGAUUUCAAACAGCGACAACCAGUAAUCUUUAUUCUUCAAACUUAUGCCAAAACCAGAAAGCAAAUUCUGAAGUACUACACGGAGUUUCUUCCAACUUGAUAGAGAAUUCUAAAGAUGACAAAAAGACUUCCCCCAAAGUUCCAGUCGAUGGAUCAAAAGCAAAGAGGCCAAGAGUUGGGGCUGGUAAAAAGAAAACAUAUGAUUGGGAUAUGUUGAGAAAAGAAGUUCUUUACAGUCAUGGUAAUAAAGAAAGAUCCCAGAAUGCUAAGGACUCAAUUGAUUGGGAAACAAUAAGACAAGCAGAGGUGAAGGAAAUAUCUGACACAAUUAGAGAGCGAGGAAUGAAUAACAUGCUGGCAGAACGGAUAAAAGACUUCCUAAACCGAUUGGUGAGAGACCAUGGGAGCAUCGAUCUUGAGUGGUUGCGCUAUGUCGAUUCAGAUAAAGCGAAGGACUAUCUCUUAAGCAUUAGAGGACUUGGACUUAAAAGUGUUGAGUGUGUGCGUCUUUUGACACUCCAUCACAUGGCUUUUCCUGUGGAUACAAAUGUUGGUAGAAUAUGUGUGAGGCUUGGAUGGGUGCCACUUCAGCCCCUACCCGAGUCUCUUCAGUUGCACCUGUUGGAGAUGUAUCCAAUGCUGGAGAACAUACAGAAAUACCUCUGGCCGAGGUUAUGCAAGCUUGAUCAACGGACAUUGUAUGAGCUUCACUAUCAAAUGAUAACUUUUGGAAAGGUAUUUUGUACAAAAAGUAAGCCCAAUUGCAACGCAUGCCCAAUGAGAGCUGAGUGCAAGCACUUUGCAAGUGCAUUUGCCAGUGCAAGGCUCGCUCUUCCUGGACCUGAAGAGAAGAGUUUAGUUACAUCUGGAACCCCAAUAGCUGCAGAAACCUUCCACCAGACAUAUAUAAGUUCUAGGCCUGUAGUAAGUCAGCUUGAGUGGAAUUCAAACACCUGUCACCAUGGUAUGAACAAUCGCCAGCCAAUCAUUGAGGAGCCAGCAAGCCCAGAACCUGAACAUGAGACAGAAGAGAUGAAAGAGUGUGCAAUAGAGGAUAGUUUUGUCGAUGAUCCAGAAGAAAUCCCUACUAUCAAGCUUAAUUUUGAGGAGUUUACACAGAACCUGAAGAGUUAUAUGCAAGCAAAUAACAUUGAGAUUGAAGAUGCUGAUAUGUCAAAGGCUUUGGUCGCUAUAACUCCUGAAGUUGCUUCUAUCCCAACUCCUAAGCUCAAGAAUGUCAGUCGCCUAAGGACAGAGCACCAAGUCUAUGAACUGCCAGAUUCACAUCCACUUCUUGAAGGAUUCAACCAAAGAGAACCAGAUGAUCCUUGCCCAUACCUACUCUCUAUAUGGACCCCAGGUGAAACAGCUCAAUCAACUGAUGCACCUAAGUCGGUCUGCAAUUCACAAGAGAAUGGUGAACUAUGUGCAAGCAAUACAUGCUUUAGUUGCAACAGUAUAAGAGAAGCGCAGGCCCAAAAAGUUCGAGGGACACUGCUGAUACCAUGCCGAACAGCAAUGAGAGGAAGCUUUCCACUUAAUGGGACAUAUUUUCAAGUCAAUGAGGUAUUUGCUGAUCAUGACUCAAGCCGGAACCCGAUUGAUGUUCCAAGGAGUUGGAUAUGGAAUCUCCCUAGGAGAACUGUUUACUUUGGAACUUCAAUUCCGACAAUAUUUAAAGGUUUGACAACUGAAGAAAUACAACAUUGCUUUUGGAGAGGAUUUGUGUGCGUGAGAGGCUUUGAUAGGACAUCAAGAGCACCCAGACCACUGUAUGCAAGACUCCACUUUCCAGCAAGCAAAAUUACCAGGAAUAAAAAAUCUGCAGGUUCUGCUCCAGGAAGAGAUGAUGAAUAGGCCAUCUGGAAAACCAGAAAGGAAAUAAAGAGGAGGUACAUAUGAUCUGCCAGAAGAUCACUGACCUGAAAUGGAUCGCUGACCAAUAAGUUGCCGUAGGCAAUUCAAUUAUUUCUGGCCAUAUACAUCUGCUGAAAGUUAUGAACUCCAGCCACUGACGAAUUCGUGGUGCUGGUAUUCUUCGGCAACAUGAUCCAUCAUACAGAUUCUAUGCUUGGUUGUUGCAAGCAAUUCUUAUGCGGUGACAGUUGCUGCUGAUAGGGAGAAAAGGCAUGUCCGGCGGCUCAGCGGCUCUAACUGUACUUUCAUAUGAGUGGAACCGAUUGUUGUACAUGUGAAAAGUUUGCCAUUCAAAAUGGUCAUUCAUGUUGUUAGGUCAUUCAUGUAGUCGAUGUCAAAUUAAUCAUCAAUUAUUUGAUUUGAUUCAUUCACAAGUUUAAUUGGCUCUAGAUACUUGUGAGCUGCAGGCCAGCAAUGUCAUAAUGUAUGUCGGGAAAAGGUAGAUAUAAAUCGUCAGCAUUUACCUGAAAUACCCUUCCUCUGUCCAUAAAUACAAGGGAUUUUGGGUUGUUAAGCGUAUUUUAAGUUCGAUAUGAAAAUUACUUUGAUGUUC